UCUGAGAUCGUCAGGGACUAACGUGAAAAGGACCUCUUAAUUUAGCAUUUGGAAAUAUCUUGUGACUGUAUAUGUGGCCAAUGAGUAAUUGACUUCUACAAAAUGAAGUGAACAUUUGAGUCCGCUUUGUGUGUGUUGUUAAAUUCGAUCUAGAAUUGAAGAAUCCUCCACUGAAUUUGAGGAGUGUGAGUGUUGGAUGUGAGGAUGACGUUUCACUUUAAUUUCACUAUAGAAGAGCAUUUGGAAGAUGAAUUAGCAUCCUUGGGAGAUGAAGAUUUGACUUUGGAUUCCUCAAAAAAUUCAGUUUCAAAAAGUCAAAAAGGAAAUGGUAGAAAAUGUUCUACGGGGCAAUUUGAUCUGUCACAGAAUCACUUCUAUGAUCACAAGCCAGUGGGAAAUGCAACUUCCUCUCUUUUCAGAGACAGUCCACUCAAUGCAGCUCAUAGUUCAACUAACUUACAGCAGCACAGAAAGCAGCCCUGUGUCAGCGUUGCCAAAGAGCAUGCUUUGCCUCAAGAUUUAAAAAAACUGUUGGAAAAUAAAGUUGUGGAAACUUUGUCAGGUCUCCCACAUGUCUCUGUGUCCAUCAUGAAAAUGGCUUUGUUGGGAAAAAACUUCCCUGAAGAAAACAUAGUAUCACAAAGCGUUUCUUCGCACUCUGACCUGAUUACCGGUGUUUACGAAGGCGGCUUAAAAAUCUGGGAGUGUACCUUUGAUCUCCUGGCUUAUUUCACAAAGGCCAACGUGAAUUUUGCUGGGAAAAAAGUGUUGGAUCUUGGCUGUGGCUCCGGGUUGCUAGGUAUCAUUGCGUUUAAGGGAGGGGCCAAAGAAGUGCAUUUUCAAGAUUACAACAGUUUGGUGAUUGAUGAAGUAACCUUACCUAACGUAGUGGUUAACUCUCCUUCGGGAGAAGAUGGCAUGAAAGAACCAGCUCCGAAAAGAGUCACGGGCUUAAAAUUAGCACAGGAACUAGGUCAAUGCCGCUUCUUUUCUGGCGAAUGGUCUGAGUUUUGUGACCUGGUACUCAACAGUGAAAAACACUUCAUAAAGUAUGAUCUUAUUCUCACCUCCGAAACGAUCUACAAUCCAGAUUAUUACAGCAGUCUGCACCAAACAUUCCAUAGACUAUUAGAUACAAAUGGACGGGUGCUUUUAGCCAGCAAAGCACAUUAUUUUGGUGUGGGUGGAGGUGUUCAUCUCUUUCGGAAGUUUGUAGAAGAAAGGAAUGUGUUUGAGACUAGAGCACUCGAAAUCAUUGACGACGGACUCCAGAGGAUUGUAGUGGAACUGACUUUCAAGCACCCCGGUUAAUGUCCGCUAAGUGAGCUAAGCAAAAUAAAUUGUGUUGCCAAAAAUUUUG